UUCUCGUAUCUAUCCGCUUGUCUCAUCAUGGCUCUCAUAUUGUCGGUCGUUCUGGCCUGUGCCGGAGUCGUUCUGGGCUCCGUCCAACCCCCAGCAUAUGGUCAUCAUCCACAGCCCGCUUACGGUCAUCGUGCGCCUGCUUACGGUCAUCAACCUGCCUACAAGCACGGUUACUGCGAUCCAACUGUGGCGCCUUCGUGUGCUACCAACUCCACUCUCUCCUACUGCUUGGAAGACACUGAGUAUCCUGAGUACGAGAUCAAAGGGGCCAUCAGUGCCGAUCAUCUCUUCGCCAAGAAAUACGCUGAUAUCGCCGACCAGUCUGCUGAUGAUCUGGUAGACAUGGUAACCAAGGAGCAGGAAGAGGCUUUCGACUACUCUUACUAUACUGGGGCAUCCACUGGGGACUCUCCUUACGAUGCCACCCACUGGGGUGGUCCUGAGGGCUACAUUUGUCCUUCAGAUGUGGUGUAUGCCAUGCCCAAACGUGCCCAGAACGUGGAGGGUAAGUGGCGCGUGAUUGUCAACGACGUUCACUAUUACACUCAGACUGCCCGCUUGGAGACCUGUCUGUUCCCAGAGGCUGCUUGUCGCGCCCUUGCCCCUUGCUACCAGAGUCACUGUACCCAGAAGUCAGUGUACCACCGCCUCCUGUCCUACGACCCAUGUGAUCCCUACAAGGGUCUCUUCAUCGACAUCUACAAGCUGCCUUCUGCCUGCUCCUGCCAUCUUCCUGCAUAAUGCGCCCACCAGAACGUUCUUAAAGGAAUGGAUGUUCUUAGGAUCUAGGACUUCAUGGCCACGACAGAACCACCGACAAUCCCUAUAACCCCGCCCCUUAAAGCGGAGGAGAAGACCCGAGAUGACUGGAGAACUGCUUUCUUCACGUACCGCCACUAGUCAUGCCAGGAACUCCCGGGACGCUCCCGCCGCUGCUCUCACUUUCCCUUUUCAUUUCUUCUUUCUAUUGUCCAUGUACAAGAUAGAUGCGAGAAGACCAAUGUAAUAUUUUUAUAAAUAAAUUAUUAUGAAAUAU